AUGGGAAUACUGGGAGGUGAUGAGAGGGACCGCCCCUAUCGCCACCUCUCCUUUCUUUCCUGUCGCCCUCUCUCUCGCAUUCGCCUCUUCCUCUCCCAGUCUCCUUCCUUAUUCUCUCAUUCUGUUCCUCUCUUCCUUCCUCACCCCCUUCCUCUCUUCCUCUCUCAUCCUGAUUCGUACUACCUGUCUCCUCCUCUCGUAAUCUCUCACUCUCUUCCUCUCUUCCUCUCUUCCUCCCUCAACCUCUCACACUCGUCCUCUCUCUUCCUCUCGUCUCUCACCCUCCUCUUUUCUUCUCUCACUUUCUCCCUUUCUUCGUCUCUCACCCUCCUCUCUUCCUCUCUCACUUUCUCCCUCUCUUCCUCUCUCUUCCUCUCCUCCAUCUGCCCAAGCCUCUCCGCCAGUCUCGUCGUCACGCCAACCUUCAUGGCGCGCAGCAAGCACCAUCGGCUCACGCCCAUCAGCUGCUCUAACGACAGCUCCUCCGCGCUCCCUGUUCCUCCGCCCAUCAUGCCGCUCGCGCGCAUCGCCACGUCGACCUGCCGCCUCCGCGCAUGCAUUCCGCCUCCACCGAACUCCCUCGUUUCCCCAACCUCCGCCUCUGCGAUUUCCCAGUUCUCCGUUGCGCCCUUCUCAGCACAGCAUCUGCGCUUUCUGCGCUGCGCCUCGCCGCGCAAAUCGCCGCAAAGGGUCCAGCCGUUCAUCCUCUCUCAUCUGUUCUUUGCGGAUGCCCUGGGGCAAAAAGAAAGGUGA